AAUAUUCAGUUCUUCUGAACAAAGAAGUUAAAUAUCGCAUUUAUACUCUGAUUUCUAUAUUCCAUCGUUCUCUUGUUGGAGUUUGGCAUUUUCUAUUAUUAUCAGUUUAGCGUUUAUUAUAUUUAACAGUUGUUCUUACAGGAACAAUCGUUUUUUUAUAAAAUCAUCAUUACAAAAUAUCUAAAUCCAUUUCAUCAUAACAAACUAGAAAAAUGACAAAUAUCCAAUACAAAUUUUAUAUAGGUUAUCUUGUUAUACUAAUGUAUUGUUUGAGUGUGACUGCAGAAACAAAAGUAUGUCAAGUCAGUAAAAAUCAGUCGACAGAAUACCAGGAAACAAAAUUACGAUUCAUUAGCAUGUUAUUCAGACAAGGCGAUCGGAUGUUAGAUGAUAUAACAGGACAAUUUCAAACAAAUGAGAGUUACUAUCCGGACAGCGAUGGUCUUUUAACUGAUGUUGGCAAGAGAAGAGCCUACGAAUUAGGAAAAUUCUUGAGGGAAAAAUACAAUAAUUUCCUCGGCGACGUUUAUUUUAUACAUAAUGUAGUCGCACGUAGCACGGCAUUCAUUAGGAACAAGAUGACUCUGCAGCUUAUUCUCGCUGGGCUUUAUCCGCCUAUUCACCCUAAACAAAAAUGGCAUCAGAAGUUAAAUUGGCAACCAUUCGAUAUAUCAUUUGUUUCUUUAAAAAAAGAUGCUCUGCUGAUGCCGCAUUUGUGUAGCAAAUUUCAUAAUGUUUACAAAAGCAUAGAAGAAACGCAAUCAGCGCAACAGCAAAUAAAACAAUUGGAUGAUGUGAUACAAACAUUUUCGACAUAUACUAAAAAUAUGACUAAAUUAAAAGAUCUCUAUAAUUUAUAUCACGUACUCACCACAUAUGAAACCGUAGGAAGAGGUGUAUCAACUAAAUUACUUAAAGAUGCGGUUCUCUUAUAUUAUAAAAUGUGUUCUUUUUCCAAGGUCAUGAAAAAAAUUAACGGAGGUACAAUGUUAUAUAGAAUAAUUCAUGAUGCUAACGAUGUGAUCAAUCAAGGUUUAGAUAGAAGGGUCAACCUCUUUGUCGGAAAUGACUUGAAUGUAGUUGCUCUCCUUAAUGCUUUAGAUAUAUUUGAUAACGAAAUACCACCGUUUACGACCGGCGUUAUUGUAGAACUGUAUGAAAAAAAUAAACAACAUUUUGUAAGGAUAUUACGUUAUUUUGGUGAUGUCCCGCCAGUUCUAGUAAAACAAAAAGUUUUCAACUGCACAGAAUUAUGCCCGUUCAAUAAAUUCGUUCAGAAAACUAGAGAAAUAACAAAUACUGAUGAUGAACACUGCAAUUAAGAAUUAAUAAAAAAUUGACAGUUAUCUUUCUUAAAAUUUAUUCCAAAUUUAUUCUAAAAACUGUACUUCUCGAUAUAAAUACUUACAUAAAUUAAAUAUAUAUA